GCCGACUAUCAGUGAUCUAGCUGAUUCUAGCUCGUAUCAAGCGUAAAUAUUUUUCACAAUCUUGGACGCAAGUCAAUGUUUACUAUAUCUAUUGACAAUUUGUAAUCGUCCAAAGCAAACAUUUGGUUCCUUAUCGUGUCGAAGAAGCGAUGACUCAAAAACCCAAAAAUUCGCCAUGAUCCACGGAUAUGGUCUUAAUUGGCGAUGUUAAAGCAAAAGCACAUUGAACAUUGACCUAAUCCCAGAGCCAUAAUCAAACGCGGAUUGCGUAGCCAAAUAUUAGGCAGUGGUCUCAGUGACGCAAUCUCUGAAGAACUUGCACGUUUUUAUCCCGUACGAUGCAUAAAUGUACGGAAUAUCUUGGUUGAGAUAAAAAUGAGGAGAAUUAUCAUUCACGCGGCAAAAAAGUGAUAACCUUUUUUUAGAUUCUACUGCGCGAUUCACCAAUCAACCUAUAGGCUAUACUUAACAGUCUUUUUGUGUACUUAAGCUGCAAUUAUCACAUUUUUAUCAUUCUAGUGUAGAUAGCUCGGCCGGAUCCUCAAAAUAGUUGAGUUUACCAAUGUUUCAGAGUGAAUGUGGUGAAGCAUGUACGCGUAUCGUUACCAAAUUUUUGCAUCGCUCUCAGCGACCGUGAGCGAAAUAUCCGAUGGAAUGCAAUAUGGCUGGUCGGCACCGAUCACCGCGCUGCUCCUGUCGGCGAGGAGCCCGUUUCCGUUUAAGGAAUCCGACGUCGUUUGGGUCGAGAUUAGUUUGCUGUUCGGCACCUUGAUUGGUAUUCCGAUUACGGUGGUGCUUUUGGAAAGUCUCGGCAGGAAGACGUCGAUUUUGGUGGCCACCGCGCAAAAUUUGCUCGCGUGGGUUCUGAUCGCGUUCGCGAAUUCGGCAGGUGUUGUGUACGCGGCGCGGUUUCUCUCCGGAAUCGCCGCGAGUGUCGUGUUCGCCGCCGCACCUGUGUACACGGCCGAAAUUGCAGAUAAGAAGAUCCGCGGGUUCCUCGGCUCGUUUUUCUCCCUCAUGAUGAUUGGUGGCAUUCUGCUGGUGUAUAGUAUCGCACCUUUCAUACCGGUCGUGUGGUCGUCGGCCGUCGGUGCCCUGUUUUUGGUAACGCAGUUGGUAACCUUUCCCUUUUUACCGGAGAGCCCAUAUUAUUAUUUGAUUAAAGGUCAAAAACAGCAAGCUCGCCAAGCGCUGCAGAAAUUGCGUGCGAGAUGCGAUGUUGAGAGUGAGCUCGAGGAGAUUGCGGAAGCCGUCGAUAAGCAAGAGGCCGAAAGGGGAUCGCGCAUGGAUCUGUUUACUGUUAAAAGCAAUCGGCGAGCUCUCCUCAUUUUGGUGGUCCUCAACUGCGCACAACAUUUGGCUGGAAUUAGCGUGCUUCUUAUGAAUAUCCAUACAAUACUCAGUGAAGCCUCUUCUGAUUUAUCACCCAGUACUGCCGCAAUUCUAUUUUCGUUAGUGAUGUGGUUGGCAGCCCUCUUUGGCUCAAGAUGCCUCGACAGAUUUGGAAGAAGGCUAGUUUUGAUGGUCUCGUGCAUCGUAACCGGUACUACACUGUUAACCCUUGCGAUUUACUUCACCGUUCAAGACUUAGACGUCGACAUUAGCUCUUACAGCUGGAUUCCAGUAAUACUGGUACUGAUAUACGCAGCUGCGUUCAGAUUUGGCAUGGGUUUGGUUCCAAUUGUGCUGACAGCUGAGAUAUUUCCAACAAGUGUGAAAGAAAUAGGCGUCACCAUAGCGGAAGCGUCAUUCACCGCUUCUUCGUGCUUAGCAGUCUUCGUCUAUCCCUAUUUAACAAAGACGUGCGGGCUCAAGGCGCCAUUUUACAUUUUCAGUAUCUGCAGCUUUCUUACUAGCGUAUUUGUGUUAUUUUUCGUACCGGAAACGAAAGGAAAAACUCUGGAAGAAAUUCAGAACCUGCUCAAGGGAAGCAGAAACGACAGAAAAUUGGUUACAAGCUACGGUACGAUUAACUCGGCGAACGGUAUUAACCAAGAACGGCAGUGGUCGUAGUGUAAACAGUAUUUUGUACUACACUAGACUUCGUGUAGGUGACCAAUCCUUUUGUUACAAUCGAUAGAUGGCGGUUUAGCACUACGUUUUCUAAAGUCACUAAAUAUAGAAAGUACCGCAAUCCAUUGGGCUCGUGUGUUAGA